UCCCUGGCGUGUUUCUUUGUCUUUGGAGAGAUGACACUUUGUCACUUCGCGGUCUCCCGUAUAGACCCAGGUUCUAUUAUGCCUCAAUACCCUGCAAAUGUCCCUGUCCCUAUACCCUCCCUCCACUGAUAUCUUUAUCCUUGUCCGCUCAUCAUCUACUAUCCCUUGGGUCCAACACUCGCAACUUUCGCAAACCUGCACACCCAGCCUAUACCUGUUGCACGUUCGGUGUUAUCUAACUCGCCGCCAUGACAGACUCCCAGACACUGCGCACAAACAACCGCUGGGUACAGGCACCCUCUUCUGACGACGUCUACUAUUGCCCUCAUCUUUUCCUCAACCCUCCUCCCUACCGUAUCGCACUACCCUCGCCACCUAUUCGAGCCCGCCAGUUCCGCGGCCGCGCCAUUCACAUAACCGAGUUCCCAGACGGGUUCCCAGAGGGGACCGUCAUCGGCAAGCUUUUUGCUCCCUUCCAUCACUCGUCAUCCGCCACUCCGACCGCGCCCUCGACACCCUCGACACCCUCGACACCCACGGCACCGACUCAAUCUGCCAUUUCCUCCGCGACAGCUACCCCGACUCCGAGCCCGACACCGUCGACCACUGGGGGAGGCCUUCUCCGACGACUCUCCAUCAAUAGAGCAAGAAACUACAUACAUGACGCCCCGAGAACAAUGCUGCGCUCCGCCAACGUGGUCGAAGCGAUGUACCCCGCUAUUGCCCCACCCACCUCCUUUCCAUCACCGCUCCGGACCAGCAGCUCCGUCUACGGCGACAAGAACAUCAUCUCCGCCUCGGUGUCUGCAAUUCCGAAGCCCGUUGCUGCCGGCAGUGGCGUGAGCUGCUCGAUAUUGCUCGCCGAGCCCCACGUCUUCCUGUCCGGCUUCGACCACGACGGUCACGGCCACAACCAGGACCUCCGCAGCGCCGGUGCCGCACUGCUGCGGGGCAAACUCCAGCUGUCUGUGACGAAGAAGGUCAAGCUCAAGGGGAUCAGUCUCAAGCUCCAGGGCAGGGCGCGAACCGAAUGGCCCGAGGGGAUUCCUCCACUCAAGACCGAAAUGUUCGAGGAGUCGUCGCUGCGUACCCAGGUCCUCACCUUCUUCAACGCCCUGAACGACGGCUGGGAGACGGAAUACGGGAACCAGUGCACGUACACCCUCAAUCGCGGCUCGCCCGACACACCCGCCAGUCAACUCAUCGCCAAUGGCCGUCGUUCCUCUUUCGGAUCGCCGGCAGCAGCAGCAGCGGCGGCGGCGGCCUCGGCGAUGUCCCCCGUCACGCAUGCCCUAUCGUCCAGGGAGGCGAAGCGACUGUCGCUGCAGGUCAACCACCAGUCGCGAAGCUUCGGGAAGGGCGACGUUACCCACACCAACGCGGUGCAAAUCAGAGGCUACAAGGUGUUCCCUCCCGGUACCUAUGAGUACGCUUUCGAGCUGCCGAUCGAUCACCACCAGGUGGAAACCACGAAACUGCCGUUCGGAUCUGUCAAAUGGGAGCUGCACGCAACGGUAGAACGGGCCGGCGCCUUCAAAGCCAACCUGCACGGGCAGCAGGAAGUGUCCAUCAUCCGCGUUCCCGACCAGCUCUCGCUGGAGACCAGCGAACCUAUUUCGAUCAACCGUCAGUGGGAGGACCAGCUCCACUACGAUAUUGUCAUCUCGGGCAAAUCGUUCCCCAUCGGUUCCAAGAUCCCCGUUGCCAUGAAGCUCACACCGUUGGCCAAGGUGCAGGUCCACAAGCUCAAGGUGUUCUGCACCGAGUCGAUCGAGUACUGGACCAACGACCGGAGGGUGACGCGGAAGGACGCCGGCCGGAAGAUUCUCCUGCUGGAGAAGGUGGCCGGCAAGCCCCUCGACCCGCGGUACGCGGCGUCCCACGUGCGGGUGUUGUGCGGCGGGGAGCUGAGCCCGGAAGACCGGCAAGAAGCGCGGGAGGCGGCGUCCAUGAGGCGGGUCAUGGAGGCGUCGAGGCGCGAUACGUCGCCCGAGCCUCUGCCGAAGCCGACGGACAACCUCUUGGGCGACUUGGAGCUAGGGCUGGAGAGCUGUUGGGGCCCGACGGAGCUGGAGUUGGACGUGCAGAUUCCGACGUGCGACCAGAUGGAGAAGAGUAGGGAGCUCCGGGUGCAUCCCGACUGUACUUGGAAGAAUGCGAGCGUACACCAUUGGAUUAAGGUCGUCCUGCGAAUCUCUCGCCUCGACCCGGACGAUCCGUCAGGCACGCGACGGCGGCAUUUCGAGAUCAGCAUCGACUCGCCGUUUACAGUGCUCAACUGCCAUGCGACGCGGGCCAACAUGGCGUUGCCCGAGUACUCGGGUGCUGGCAAUGAAAGCGCGAUGAUGAAGCGUCCCACAAUAUGCGGGUGUUUCGACGCGGCAGCAACACCUGGAUCAGUCGAUGCGUCGUCUCUCAGCUCGUCGACCGGAACGCUGCCCAGGGUCAAUAGCGGGGAUACGAUUCUGGCGGCACCGCAAGCGGCACACCUGACGGCUCCGGGCCAUUCGCCCAGCCCACUGGCCAACGUCCAGACAUGGCCGCAUCAGCAGCAUUUCGACGUACGGCCGCGGCCGAUCCAUCUACUGCGGGUGCCGUCCUUUAACCCGCCGGCGUUCGACGCCGACCAACCACCGCCAGGCGUGGGCGACGAAGGGCCGGGGGCAGGUAUGCUCGGGCUGCAAACACCGCCGCCGCAGUACGACCUCGUGGUGGGAACGCCUAGCGUGGACGGACUGGCGGAUUAUUUUGCGCGGCUGGCGGACUACGGGUAUGACGCGCACGAGGAGGAGACGGAUUCGGACGAAGGCGAGGAGAGAAUCAUGGAACGCGGCGGGCGGGUGAACGUGGCGCACCCGCGGACACCGGGAGGUCGACGGGGUCCGAGCAGGAGCAUGGAGAUUCGGCGGCCUCCGGUGGAGCUGCGCACGGAUUCAUUACCGGUGAGGAGAUGACGUUGCCGAUGAGAUUGACGUUGCCGACGAGACCAAGUGGAAUGAAACUGAGGGUGGUAUGGUCGAGGUUGGUACGAUGGACAUGAAGAGAUGAAGGCCGUUCUUAUGAUGGAUAUUAUGUUCAUGUGCUAUUGGGGCAUGUACGUUGUAGGCGACUUGGAUGCUUCGAUGUACCGAGAUGGAUUGAUGAGGGCAGGGACGUUUUGCCACAUGGAAAGGGAAGUAUCGUUGGCAUUGGCGCAUUGACUCUUGGGGAUACCUAUUUACAGCUUUGUGCACAAGGACAAGGGAGGUGUUUGUGUUUCCGACAUGUUCCUCCGUUCAUGUUGGGCUAGGAAUCAAGGUGGCGCAGGGGGAGGAGAAGGAGAAUCCAUACCCAUGAUCUUGUGCACACAUUCUCUGAAGGCUUGACCAUUGACCCCUGAUGCCGAGAAC